CUGACUCAUUCGUUGAGAUUUGGAAAGCAACCUCUGAUGCUGGAGCAUUUUGUGAAACUAUUCUCAGACCGUGAGUGGGAGUAGGAUGGGACAAGGAACUGCAGUCUAACCUUGCACUGUCUGGGAACACUGACCUGCCUUCCACUACACAGGGAGAUUGAUCUGUCUUAAACUGGACAGAGGGACUGACCUGUAUAUAGUGGGCAGUGAUAUUUACCGGUCUUCCACUGGACAGGGAGACUGACUGACCAGGAGCACCUUGAAACAUGGACUGCAGUCUUCGACGCUAAUGCUCUGCAAUUUCGUGAGGAAAUUUCAAUGCAAUGGCGCAAACUCUCGAGAGUUUCAUCGACUCGCUCGAUCCCUUGACUCUUCCGAGGAUACUACAGAUCCAGUCUGGGAUUUACUUUCAAGGUUCUGUAUAUGAAAUGCAUGGACAUGAGUGUUGCCUGGCUACUGGAGAAGUAAUUAAAGUCAUUGGUUUCAAAAUCGCAAAAAUUAAUGUAGAAAGUUGUGAUGGUACUGAAAGCAAUGAUUUCACAAAUACCGUGGAGUUACCACUGGACUACCCAGGUUUCUUCAAGGUUCUUGCUGACCCAUGCCCCUAUGGUUGUAUUGGUGAUAUUACAAAGUCAGUACGAAUUGGGCAUAACCGUUUGGGCCACCCUCACUUUUGCAGCAAUGUGGAUAUUCAGGUGGAUGACAUCUUAAUAAGCGAACACGAACAUAUAGUGAUAAACUCUCUGGCCGAAGUGGAUGGAGAGCAGUAUGUGAUUUGUACUGUUAACAGAGGAGAUAAAAAUGAGACAGUAAGGCUUCCAUUGUCAUAUGAAGGAACAUUUUACGAAUGCGAAGAUGACCAGUUUUAUACACUGAAGGAGAUUAUAGAAUGGAAGUUGCCUAAACACCGGAGGCGAGUUGUGAAGCUAGCAAAAACAUUAAUUGCUUGGGAACCAAAUCCUUAUAAUGAGUAUCUUCAAAAUGACCUGAGCCUGGUGCCUGUGUAUGAAAUACAAGCAGUGAUGAAAUUCCGAAAGGAAAUUGUACACAUACCAUCUAACCUUGAUGUAGAGGUUGUAGAUGUGACAGAACUUUAUGAUGUUAACUCCUUUGUACAGCCUCUGUCAUUAAUUGACGUUUUUAAAAGACCAGAUGAAGACUUCCCCAUGUUGGCUGAAAUAAUUGAGUGCCCUGACCACCAGCACAUUUACAAUUCCCUGAAAGCAGGAAGAGUAAUAGUUAUUCACGAGAAACACUUUGCCAAGAAAGCGAUUGCAUCUGAGAACAGGAGCGAUUUGAAUAAAAAGCACUUUUUAAUUCCUAAAACCUACAAAGGACGAUUCAAAAGAAGACCGAGAGAGUUCCCUACAGUGUAUGAUCUGAAGCUUGCUAUAAACAGCAAUGACCACUUGCAUGUUAUUGCAACAAAGAUGUUUGAAUCUGAUUAUGCAGAGUUUUCACCUGUGGAAGUGGGUGACCAAUUUCUCGUUUAUCAAUGCCAGAGCAUUGAAGUCAGCUGUGAAGGAGAUAAACGGAUAGUUGAAGCACUGGCUUGUGAAAAAAUUGUGGGAAAAGACUAUGAACAAGUCCUUCUUCCUACAUACAUGGAAGGAAGCUUUGUUGAAGUCAUCCAUGAUAAAAAGCAAUACAAUAUUUCUGACAUUUGCGAACAUUUUAGCCUUCCCUUUAAUGUUAAAGUAUCCGUAAGAGAUUUGUCAAUCAAUGACAAUUUGGCAGCCUUGCCUUCAUUACGAAUUGAGGAAGAAAUUGUGGAUCCAUGCUUACUGGUGAGCAUGCUGGACAAUCCAUCAGAAUGUUUCAAAAUUCCAGUUCACAGAGUAAAUCUGUCUGUACAAGUGUUACAGGAGCCAGCAGUAAAUGUUCCAUGUUCUACUCCGAAAACCAUUGUCGAAGAGAUCAGCGAAGACUUGUAUUACAUGAUGCGGAGAUAUGAAAAUUCCACAUUGCAUCCUCCUCCCCGUCCUCCAAAGAAACCUCAGUCACCUAUAUCAUCAACAAAAACAUUGAGGCUGUAUCCACCUCAACCUCGAAAACUGAACCCCCAUAAGUCUCCAAAGCAUUCACCAAUGGAAAUGCCAAGAAGCAAAGCUAAAUCUCAGAAGUACAUCCCUAACAUUACUGCAAAGCCAGAAAAUAUUCUUCAAAGUGUAACAAUUACAGACCACUUGAAAGAAAGAACAGACUACGUUUCACCAGAAGCAGACACGGUAUUGCUGAAAGCCAAAAGCCUUCCUUUAGAUCUUGAAAAAAUGGAUUUGUCUGACAAACAUGACUAUGAAUAUAUUGAUGACAAUAAAGUCGAAGACUUAAGGAAGCAAUUGAACGAAAAUGACCAUCAAAACAGGAAAAACUGCAAGAAGAAGAGAGACAGCCAUUAAGGAGAAUGAACAUGAAAAAUGUCUUCAAGAACUCAAGCAGGCAUCUGGUUGUGAAAAAAGCAGUCUUCUGGCUAAAGUUUUACAUUAUUUUUUCCCUCCAGAACCCAAAUUUGUAAAGUUUGAUUAAAUUUCUGUUGAACUUAGAA